GAUGAGCGUCAAGAGGAGCUCGAGACUCUGAAUGCCAUCUACCCGGAAUUGGUUAUACAUCCAGACGAUCCAUUCUCCGCCAGCCUGGAGCUUGAAGUGACGCCGACGAGACCACUGCUGGUGCGGUUCAUUCCUGGAAAGCCUGCCUCUGGCCAGCGGACAUCCUAUGCUGCCGCCACCUCCAACGCAGCGCACAUUGAACGGGACGUAGAAUUCUCCCAUCUGCCUCCGCUCAGCAUUCGACUCCAUCUGCCCGAACGGUACCCAUCAGAUGCCCCUCCGACGGUGCAGAUCACCACUCACUACGACUGGCUACCAGCGUCGAAGCUGAUCGAGCUGGAGAAGGAAGUUGUGUCUUUGUGGGAAGACUAUGGCCGAUGUCAGAUCUUGUUCGCCUACAUCGACUUCCUCCAGCAAUCUGCGGAAGCCGGAUUCUCCCUGGAACAGAGCCCCGAUGGUUGUCUCGUCCUGCCUGUCAGCUCAGAGGCAGCGCUCGUCGACUUCAACACAGCAACCAGGCAGGCAAAGUUCAACGCAGGCACGUACGACUGUGAAAUUUGCCUGGAACCGAAGAAAGGUUCAUCUUGUCACGCUAUGAGAACGUGCGGUCACGUCUUCUGCAAGACGUGUCUGCUAGACUUCUACAACAACGCCAUCACGGAAGGCGAUAUUUUGAGCGUCAAGUGUCUAUCCCCAACGUGCGGCAAGGACUCUUCAAAAGGAGCAUCUGUCGCGAAGCGCAAACCUCGGCCGCUUCUGCAGCCGCGCGAGCUGCUUGCGAUCGGGGCGGAGGAGAAGAUGGUGCGCCGGUAUGUGGAGAUGAAACGCAAAAAGAGGAUCGAGUCGGACAAGAGCACCGUGUACUGCCCGCGCACAUGGUGUCAAGGCCCGGCCAAAAGCACAAAGUACCCACCCAUCCCGGCGGACCUCACCACGCUCGUGGACCCGGAGUCUUCAUCAGACGAUGAAGGAGAUGCGAAGCCACCCGCCGACCAAAAGGAAAAGAGGACCGUUCCAUCGAACCCCUCGGACCGCCUUUCAGUCUGCGAGAAGUGCUCGCUGGCCUUUUGCAAUGUCUGCUAUAUGGGCUGGCACGGCCCUUUGGCGCGCUGCUACCCUCGCGAUCCGUCGGAGCUCUCGGCGGAGGAGAAGGCGAGCUACGAGUACAUUCGCCUGAAUACUACGCCCUGCCCGUACUGCAAUUCGCCGACGCAGAAGACGAUGGGCUGCAACCAUAUGAUCUGCGCCACGUGCCAGACGCCUACACAUUUCUGUUACCUCUGCUCUUCGUGGCUUGAUCCCCAGAAUCCCUACCAACAUUUCAACAAGCCUGGCACGCCAUGCUAUCAACGACUGUGGGAGUUGGAAGAAGGAGACGAAGGGCAAGCACCUGCAGAUGGGAGAGGUUUCGCAGGCGAGCGACACUGGGAGCAGCUGGCG